GGGAGAGAGAGAGAUGGGCAAGCCCCAUGCACUGGUGAUCAGCUACCCGGCCCAAGGCCACAUUACACCCAUGAUGGAGUUCUCGAACCGCAUGGUCGAGCACGGCUUCACCAUCACCUUCGUCAACACCGAUUACAACCACAAGCGUGUCUUGGAAGCCGCAAAAGCCCAUCCCCAAGAUCGGCCCCGUGAUGGCACCGGACAAGUCCAGCUAGUCUCCAUACCAGAUGGGCUUGAGCCUGGUGCAGACCGGAACCAAAUCGGUGCACUCUGUGAGUCCAUGCUAAGCUCGAUGCCCCAUGCACUAGAAAAGCUCAUAGAUGACAUCACAAAUGUACAAGGGCUUGAGCUACACUGUGUGGUGGCUGAUGUGAACAUGGGGUGGGUACUCGACGUAGCCAAGAGGCUCGGCAUUGCUCGAGCUGCGGUCUGGCCCGCGGCCACUGGAUGCCUAACAUUGUUGUUCAAUCUCCCAGAGCUGGUCCGAAAUAGGGUCUUACAUGAAAACGGUUUAUUGCGCAACAGAAGCGUGAUCCAACUUGCCCCAAACACGCCCCUCAUCGACCCGAGUCACCUCCCAUGGCUUUGCAUCGGUGACACAACAGAACAGAAGGCCAUCUAUCAAUACUUUUGCCAAUCAAUCAAGAGCCUUGAAGGAGUAGAAUGGGUACUGUGCAACUCUUUCUACGAACUCGAAGCUGCAACCUUCGACUCAUUCCAUAAUCUCUUGCCAAUUGGUCCUCUACUCCCAAGCAACCACCAUGGCCGACCAACUUCACUUUGGACAGAGGAUGAAACCUGUCUUGAGUGGCUCGACAAGCAGCCUGAAUGUUCAGUCAUCUAUGUAUCCUUUGGGAGCUUCACCCUCUUCGACAAACGCCAACUUCAUGAGCUCGCUCUCGCCCUUGAGAACUUAGGCAGGCCUUUCCUGUGGGUGGCCCGGCCAGACCUAAUCGAUAAGGCAGGGGCAGCUUAUCCAGAGGGGUUCUUUGAUAGGUUAGGGGCCCAUGGCAAGGUGGUGGGGUGGUGCCCACAAAGGAAAGUGUUGGCACAUCCUUCUAUAGCUUGUUUUGUGACCCACUGUGGUUGGAACUCGACUAUUGAGGGGGUGAGCAAUGGUGUGCCUUUCAUAUGUUGGCCUUACUUCGGGGACCAGUUCUUGAACCAGACUUACAUUGUGGAUAUAUGGAAGGUUGGGAUGGGACUGAAGGCCAAUGAGAAUGGGGUAUUCUCCGAAGAAGAGAUAAAGAGCAAAGUAGAGGAAUUGCUGGGUGAUGAAGGAAUAAGAGAGAGGGUUCUGAAACUCAAAGGGGAAGCCAUUAAGAGUGUCACUGAGGGAUCUUCAAUGGAGAAUCUUAAUGGUUUUAUGGAAGCCAUGAAAGAAAAAUCAAGAGAGAUAGAGAUGGGCAAGCUCCAUGCACUGGUGAUCAGCUUCCCAGCCCAAGGCCACAUUACACCCAUGAUGGAGUUCUCGCACCGCAUGGUCGAGCACGGCUUCGUCGUCACUUUCCUCAACUCCGAUUACAACCACAAGCGUGUCUUGGAAGCUCCGAAAGCCCAUCCCCAAUAUCAGACAGGUCAUGGCAAUGGACCUAUCAGCCUAGUCUCCAUACCAGAUGGGCUUGAUCCUGGUGCAGACCGGAACCAACUCGGUCCACUCUGUGAGUCCAUGCUAAGCUCGAUGCCCCGUGCACUGGAAAAGCUCAUAGAUGACAUCACAAAUGUACAAGGACUUGAGAUACACUGUGUGGUGGCUCAUUUGAACAUGGGGUGGGCACUCGACGUAGCCAAGAGGCUCGGCAUAGUUCGAGCCGCAUUCUGGCCUGCGGCUGCUAGAAACAGAAUGAUGGCUAGGGAUGACAAGAUUUCUGGAAUUAUAGGUUUAUUGCAUAACAGAAGCGCCAUCCAACUCGCCCCAAACACACCCCUCGUCGACCCGAGUCACUUCUCAUGGCUUUGCAUUGGUGACACCAUGGAACAGAAGGUCAUCUACAGAUACGUUCGCCAAUUCAUGAAGAGCCUUGAAGGAGUAGAAUGGGUAUUGUGCCACUCCUCCUACGAACUCGAAGCUGCAACUUUCGACUCAUUUCCUAAUCUCCUGCCAAUUGGUCCUCUACUCCCAAGCAUCCAACAUGGCCAACCAACUUCACUUUGGACAGUGGAUGAAACCUGUCUUGAGUGGCUCAACAAGCAGCCUGAAUGCUCAGUCAUCUAUGUAUCCUUUGGGAGCUUAACCCUCUUCGGCAAAGACCAACUUCACGAACUCGCACUUGCCCUUGAGAACUUAGGCAGGCCAUUCUUGUGGCCGGACCUCAUCGAUAAGGCCGGGGCAGCUUACCCGGAGGGAUUCUUGGAUAGGGUGGGGGCGCAUGGCAAGGUGGUGGGAUGGUGCCCACAAAGGACAGUGUUGGCACAUCCUUCUAUAGCUUGUUUUGUGACCCAUUGUGGGUGGAACUCAACUAUUGAGGGGAUUAGCAAUGGUGUGCCUUUCAUAUGUUGGCCUUAUUUUGCGGACCAAUUCUUGAACCAGACUUACAUUGUAGAUAUAUGGAAGGUUGGGGUGGGGUUGAAGGCCAAUGAGGAUGGGGUAUUCUCCAAGGAAGAGAUAAAGAACAAAGUAGAAGGUUUGAUGGGUGACGAAGGAAUGAGAGAUAGGGUUCUGAAACUCAAAGAGGAAGCCAUUAGGAGUGUCACUGAGGAAUCUUCAAUGGAGAAUCUUAAUGGUUUUAUGAAAGCCAUGAAAGGUAAAUCAUAAUGGUAAAUCAUAAUGAAGGGUCCGUGGGACCCUCUCUUGCAGAACUAGGAACCUCAUUACCUAUAAUAUAUAUCAUUACAUAAUU